UCCUGUCCUUUGCUUAAAAUAUUUUUAAAUAAGUUAUACAGUAUUUUGAAUCGAAUGGAAAUUCCUUUAUAUGUUGCCCAUCUCUAUGUUCACGUCUUGCUACAAGACCGCCCUAUCCGCAAUGCCCAGGACUCCAAUCUAUUUCACCCAAAAAAUUCCUUAGUUCAUUAAAAUCAGCUUUUUGGAAAUCUGGCACUUUUAACCAAAUUUUCUGUUAAAUUUUCUGAUAUGCUUACAAACCACAUUAUCAGAUACGCAGAUGACACUAAGAUUUAUGGUAAACGAUUUAUGGGACUAUUUAUGGGACUAAUCACCAUAAACGAUUUAUGGUGAUUUAUGGGACGUGAAAAUGAGAUUGAGGUGAGGUCUAAUAAAGAGAUGAAUGCCACAUGAAUGUGGCAUUACAACACAUGAAUGGCACAAAUGUCCAAAAACAGACUGGCAAAUGCUUUUUAAUAUUGAUAAAUGCAAGACCAUGCAUGUGGAGCAUAACAAUCCACAUUACAACUAUCAAAUUUACAGUAUUACCUUAGAGCAGAUUGAUAAAAAAAUGGACCUUGUAGUCAGAAUCCAUCAUUUACUGAAAGUUGCAUAAGUGGGACCUACAGUAAAAAGAGGCUAACCAAACCCUUGGAAUAAUAAAGCAAACAUUUGACUUAAGGAAAAGAAGGUAGUUAUUCAACUGUAUAAAUCUCUGGUGUGCCCCCCACUUGGAGAUGAAACCUUUGGAGAGACAUAGCUGCUCUGUUGAAAGUCCAACUUUGGGGAACAAAAAUCAUUUCAGAACUAUGAUGACUCUCAUACCAGGAACAGUUAAUGGCCACAGGGCUAACAACACUGCAAACCAAACAUGACAGGACGGAUCUCUUUGAAACUUUUAAAAUACUGAACAGUUUGGAGGAUAUUGACCUGGACAGCUUCUUUUAAAGGUCAGAUGUAACACAAACAAGGAGCAAUGGUUUCAAGCUCAACAAGCCAGAAUGUAAGACAGAAAACAGAUGUUUUUUCACCCAAAAGGGUGAAAAAGUGUGAACCCAUGGAACCACUUAACUGCUGAAGCUGUAAAUGCUAAAAGACUGAAUUUUAAAUUGCAACUCAAUAAAACAAUCAGAACAAUUGGGUGAUUUUUGACAACCCACAGACGUUCUGUCUUUGUCUAAGGCCACCUGUGAGAUAGUGUCCCUCGGGUAAAUUCAGGUAAAUUCUGUCUGCUAAUCCCCUCUUUGCAGCUCUCUUACCUUUAUUCUCCCUUCCUCUUUCUCAAAAACAAAUACUGUACUGUUCAGUAAUUAAGUGUUGCAUCUGUAUGCUCUUAAUGAUAAGCACACUUACAUAUAAAGAUAUUAAUAGCCCCUUAAGAUAAGCACACAUAAUGAUACACACACAACUGUCCCUGGUAGCACAGUGGCAAUGCACUCGCCCUGCACCUUGCGAGCGUAGUGUCUCUUUGAGAAUUGACCAGGGAGUAUUGUCCAUCCCUCAGUUCACCCAGCAGUAAAUGGGUACCUGGUUGUUAACCAAUUGGUUGGUUGUGUUACAAGGAAAACUAGUGGCCUGAGAGAGAAAUACUGUACCAAGAUGUCCCGCCGCAAGGGCUUGAGCCAUGAGGAGAAGCGACAGAAGAUGAUGGAGCUGUUCUAUGAGAGAAAAGAUUUUUUCCAGCUCAAGGAACUGGAAAAGAUUGCACCAAAGGAGAAGGGAGUUAUUUCUCAAGCAGUGAAAGAUAUUGUCCAGUCAUUGGUGGAUGAUGCUAUGGUAGACACUGAUAAAAUUGGCACCUGUGUAUACUUCUGGGCCUUUCCAAGCAAAGCUCUCAGUACACGAAAGAGAACCCUGGACAGUCUCAACAGCCGGCUGGAGGACACUACCAAAAGAUUAAAAACAUCCCAGGCUAAGUUGGAGCAUGCUAUGGUGGGCCGUGAAGACAGUGGGGAUCGUGAAGAGAUUUUGGGACGUCUCUCACAGCUGGAGAGUAGCAAGGACCAGCUAGUCAAGGAAAUACAGAAGUACUGUGACUGUGACCCAGAAGUCUUGAACCAGAGGAAGGAGGAGACCCUGCUGCUCCAGAAAAGCGUCAGAAGGCUGGGGCUUUGUGACCAGUACUCGCCAGGCCAGCCAGGGGAGGUGGGGUCCGUCCUCCCGUUGGGCUCACAGCACAAUGUGAGAGUUUGUGGCAGUGUGGAUGUCGCUUCACAAGGUUCGGGUCACUCAUAGAUCGAGAAUCCAGCUCCCUUCAGACUGCUCCCCGGUGGUUCAUUGCCUGAACCAAGGGGGUUCAAUGCGGUACUUGCCUUUUUUGGGCUGGUCGCUUCGGGUGACUCGUUUGCUUAGUUCUCGGGGUUUGGCUCUCCUGGCCGUUCACGUUCGGAGAGGGGGGGGGGGGUGGUCCAGUGUCCUGGCGGACUGCCUGUCACAGUUCAUUCCCCUGUCCACAGAAUGGACGGUCGACACCAACACAUUCAGUUGGCUCUGCUGGACAUACAGGCUUCCGGCAGUGGACCUUUUUUGCAUCGGCGUGCUUGAGGCGUCUCCCGUUAUAUGUUCUUUCCUGACUGUGAGGCCAUCCUUGUGGCAAAACGGGUUGAGGUGGGGUUACCUGUAUCUCUUCCCCCUGGUUCAGCUGUUGCUCCAGGUCCUAGCUCAUUUGGAGACUUGACAAGGGAGAGUAGUCCUCUUGGCUCCUUGGUGGCUGGCCCAGCCUUGGCUUUAGGUGCUGCUUGCUCUGUGUCCGAACCCAGGGGUCUUACUGCGACUCUGCAUCUUUCAGCAGAUCGGACCAGUCCGUUACGAGGCUGGUUCGAUCGUCUCCUCGAGUCUUUGCGUCUGGUCUUUCUGACUUGAGUCUAUCACCACUUGUAUGGUGAUCAGGUGGCUUCGUUGAUGGUGUCCCACCUGCGUGCUUCAUCUCGGUGGCAGUAUGAAGUUUCCUGGCGAUCCUUCCAGUAUUUCUUGUCCAUUCGUCAGUUUACUUCAGUCUCUGUUCGGGUUGUUUUGUCAUUCCUUCUUUUUGUGCUUGUUCCAGGACCGUCAUCUUAUGCCAAAUACUGUCGCCUCAUAUCGUGCGGCGUUGGCGGAGCCACUGCAGCUUGCAUUCGGCUUUGAUGUUACUUCUGAGCCGUUCUGCAAGCUGUCUUAGGCGUUGUUCCACCUCCGGCUUGCUCAUGCACCGCCUGAGCCAUCCUGGUCCUUGGAUCGAGUGCUCUCUUUUCUCUCUUCUUCUCGGUUUGUGGUGGCCCCUUCGGUUCAGGAUUGUUUCUCCAAGGCUCUUUUUUCUUGUUGGCAUUGGCCUCUGGGGAUCGGGUCAUAGAGCUUCACACUCUCCUCUGGCGCAGGGGUUUCUGCUCUUUCUGUCCUGGUGGUAGGUUUGUUCGUUUGCAGCCAUCUCCUUCUUUUCUGGCGAAGAAUGAGACUGCUGCUUUCCGGAGGGGUUCUUGGAUUGUUGUUGCUUGGUUGGUUUGGCCAGGGUGCAUCGUGUGUUGUGCCUGGUCACGGCUCUAUGCCGUUACCUGUGCGCCACGGUCUUUGUGGCCAGGGACAUGCUUUGGGUUGACCUGGUUUCCAAUCUUCCCUGUUCCAGGGUUUGGGUCUCUCAAGUCGUCUACAGGUUUAUUCGAUCCAGCCAGCCUGCGGUCUAUCCCGACUUUCGUAAGUUUGCUACGUUGGCUGCCGUCUUUGGUAACAUGUCUUGGGCUGAUAUUCGGGAACAGGGUUUUGGAGAUCAAACAGGGUCCUGGCCACUCACUACCUUGUCAAUGCUCCUGGGCCUAGCCGGGCCUCUGUCGCAUUCGGUCAGCGGUUGCAGCCAGUUGUCUUGACUUCGAGUUGAGAAGCGAGUGCCGACUGCCUCCCGGGUAAGUCCCUCUUGUUUUUAUCUUUGGUUAAGUGGCUCCGUGGGAGCCGAAGGGGCUCCCCCCAGAAAACCAGCAUUGACUGUAAUGAAACUCCAUUUUCUGGGUGAGACCCCGGAGGCUCCCCAACAACCCUCCCUCCCUCCCAGUCGGCAUUUUUUUGCGUGUUUUGACAUCCAGCCUCAGAACUGGGGUGUUGAUAGCUGGUGUGGGGGUCUAGGGCUCCCCCUUCCGGUGAAGGAAGAGCUGCGCAGACAGUGGCACAGCGAAGUGGUGACAUCAUGCUCAUUUGUUCAUUUUCGUUUGGGGAGUUCUGUCCACUAGUUUGGGU